AUGCCACUCGGAAUCUAUGGAGAAGGCAUACAAACCCGCAGUUGGACAUUCACCAUCCUUCAGAAUAUUAUGCUACAAUACAUUUUGACAAUUGAUUUGUCGAAACGUCGACUAGUUCGACCGAUGAAAACCCGUAUUCUCAUUUUGACGAUGAUGAAUAAGUUACGAGCUGCGUUUGUAGUAUUGCCUUAUUUGCUGUGCGUCUGUGUCGUUAUCGUCUCUGUUGCAGGUCUUUCAACUGAUUCCAUAGGUUCAUCCAAUACAAUGAGUGUCGCUCAAGGUAGUCGUCGCAUUGUAGGCAAGCUAAAGCCAGAAACCUCCAUGGUUCUUCUCUGUGAUAUUCAAGAGCGCUUUCGCCCAUUGAUUUGGCGUGGAGAGACGGUGAUCAACACCAGUCGAUACACAACAUCGGUAGCCAAAGCAUUGGAUAUUCCCAUUGCCAUUACCCAGCAAUACACAAAGGUUUUUGGAGAUACAGUGACAGAUUGUUUUGCGGAUCCAAAAGACUUAAAGAAUACUCCAGUCUUUGAAAAGAAGAACUUUUCCAUGUGCACCAGUGAAGUGGUGGAGCACAUGAAGAAAUUCCCCAUCGAAUCCGUUCUUCUGCUGGGUAUUGAAGCACAUGUUUGCGUCCAACAAACUUGUCUCGAUCUCUUGGAAGAAGGCACUGAUGUGCACGUUAUUUGCGAUGCAGUCAGCAGUCAACAGCCAUUUGAUAGAGAAAUUGCAUUGCAACGCAUGAGUCGAGCUGGCGCCUAUCUCACUACUGCACAGUCCGCGGCAUUCAUGCUGAUGAAGAGUGCGGACCACCCCAAUUUCAAAACUGUCAGUAAGCUGACUGUCAACCAUAUGAAACUUCCCAAUGAGUUCAAUGAAGCCCUGCAGGCAGACGAUGGUUCCAAGAAAAGGACCCGAACCGAAGAGUAG